CCAAUCAGCUUAGAGCCUGCUCUAUACGCACACUGUUGAAAUGACCUUAUAGCAGAUAGCUGUAAAAGGUUCGACGAGUGCCUAUAACUUUGCCCACCACCACGCUGAACAUCUUUACACAGGAGCACUCUAAUAGUGACACUUCGUCAUAUUUAUCCACCCCAAGCCAAAGAGACCAGGCAACGGUUUGCGCAAAUGAUAAAAGGAGUGAAUCGACCUUCCAUUUUCUACGACCUAGUAGGCCUGGCACAUUCUGGCGUCGUCAACGUUGGGCGUGAGAGCGACUCUACCAUUCGUCUUGACUGUCCGGAAGUGCCCUUCCUGUUGUCACGCAAGCAUGCUAAGAUUGUAGUUCAGCCAGACGGCGGGUUGGUAUUGCGCGACUUGAACUCCACAAACGGCACAUACAUCGCGCGUGAAGGGGAAUUCUUGAGGCGUCUACGGCCAGAUGAGACGUGGGAGCUGCGGCGUGGCGACCUGAUUGGCUUCGGUGGUCCCGAGACCAUCGUAGCGCGGAGCGAGACCCCAGACAUUACAGUCGCCAACCCAUUCCUGUUCCGCUACACUCCCCUGGAUGAUGACUCGGAUAGCGCCAACAACUCUUCUGAACCGCAUGCGUUGGUGACCCUUGGUGCCCAGGCACGGUCCCGGAAGUUCAGCGAAAUAGACGAGCGGGGCCAGCAGGAGGACAUGGACUGCGAGGAGGCUUCGACCAGCUCGCCGGAAAAGGAGAGCAAGAAGCCAAAGACGACGAUCAGCGCCAAGGACGUCGCCGUGCUGCUCUCCAACCACCUCACGUGCUCCAUCUGCCACGACUGGCUGGCUGGGGCUCAUGCGCUUACCUGUGGCCACAUGUUCUGCGGGAUUUGCCUCGCAAGCUGGCUAACGCAGAAACAAUCCUGCCCGGAGUGCCGCAAGCCGAGCGCAGGCAUCCCUGUCCGGUGCCGCAACGUCGACAACUCAAUAUCAGAUAUCCUCAGCCACAACCUGGUGUCGCCCAACUCAAAGCGGGAGCGCCGCAGGAAGCAGCUAGCAUGGGAGGAGGUUGGAGAAAGCGUGCUCGAGAGCUGGGCGACAGCAUUGCAGCAACGGCGGCAGCAGGCUGUCAACACGGCGGCCCAGCACCUGUCAAACCUGACGGGCCAGCCAGUAGCGCAAGCAGCUCCGAACCCAGUGGUCCAUGCGCCAGGAGCCGUCCAACAAUUCCGAGCAAGCGAGCACGGCGGACUGGGGCUAAACACUCGGCGAGCAAACCAGGGUGGCGCGCCCGUGAACCGGCAAGGGCGGUGAUCAUGCUUCUAGCAACGUACGGAUUGAAUGAUGGGUGUGUGAAGCUUGUAGUCUGCGCUAGCCAUGGCUGCUUAUAACUUGCAUCGACAUUGUCAGCUUUUUGCGUCGGCUGGCGUAUAGGUGUAAAUGACAAUGCAGGAGGUAUGAAGAAGCAUUCUUGACACAUUUAAUUAUCGUACAUACUGUAGCACCCUGACAAUAUUACAUUUGCUCACUUGAUGACGUGCGUGAUGUGACGUGUUUGAAAUACCAGGUUAGAGUGCACAGGCUCUCCCGACUAGUCCCCUGAGCAAGGCCCUUUGCCAAAUGCCCACGCCCAACAUGCUGCACUGGGCCAAAACCAGCCGGCGUGCGGCAUGUAAAAAGCCUGUCCGUCACACCGUGUGCGACGUAUAGAUCCUCAUAAUGGAAGACGACCAACAAUUUAUGUAAAACCCGCCAUGACACACCCGUCUCACCAGGCUAUCUGCAACCCUUGUGACUUCGCCACCACCUAAGGCCAACGUGCCAAAGCUACUUGUUAUCCUUCACCCCUCAGCAUCCCAACGGCCAUCCCGGAGUUAUUAGUACUUGUUGAUGCCAAAGAAGCGAACCUUGUGUAGUGCUGGCAGCUUAGCAAUAAGGAGCACCACAACCACUGCGAGGUUGAGACCCAGUGGCUGCUUCCGGAAGUCCGUUCCGUGCGUUGCCAGGACGAAUAGUGCGAGCGGGACCACAGUGAAGAUUUUGCGGUUGCGUGUCCCAUAGGCUCCGUUGUCCACCUGCUCCCAGAAGGUCAGCGCCUCGUACUUCCCCUGGUCCUCUGGGUUUGGAGAACCCUUUAUCCAGUGUAGGAGGUAAUACGUUGCCACGCCAUGUACGAGGUGAACAUACGUCCACGCCAAGCCAGCGUCGUCUAUCAGCGCGGAAAGCCCCAACCAGCCUAGCACGAUGAGCGCCAGAUACCACGUCCAGACGCUUGGGUAGUUAAGCCAGUUUGUGUUCUUGUUCACGUCCACCUCUGAGACUGUCCUUUUAACAGGCAUGGGUCCUACACUCUAGGCGUGGGAGCUGAAGGAACCCACAAACGCCGACAGUAUUUGAUCAAGUAUAAGUGCUAGAUAUAAAAAAACAGAUACAGUGCUAACAGUUCUUAGCAAAAGCGUUUUCGUGUAGGAAAUCGGCUUUAUGGGUGUUGUAAACUAGGGAACUGUACAGAAGUUGCCCAGGAGCAAUUAUUGGCACUGUAUGCAAUACACUUUGAAGUGCAUAUAUGGUGCUUCUGAUCAAGUAACACGCGGCAAUUGCCGUGCAUCCUAAAGCACUGGCGGGCAGGCAUGAUACUUCAGCCGUAACUUACGGAAGUUUGUGGGUCCCAUUUGCGGACCUUUGUGUCUACACAUUCGGUUUAACAUAGUGCCUCGAAGAACAAUCCCAAACAACUGCGAGGAGCUCGCGUAUGAGCCGGCAUCCCGUAAUUGAUAGCAACACAAGUUUCUCCACAUGAAUAGCAAUAAUACCUCUGCAUGUCCACAGCGCAAGGAGAGCGCAGGCUGCGCUUAGCGGCCACUCGGUCUCUGCUGUAUUCGCUGCCGGCGAACGAGCUGUUCGAGCUGCCUGGACGCCCGCAUGUCGUGUACCAGCUGCGCACGUAUUCAAACACCGGUAACGCGGAGGAGGCGGCGCAGCAAGCCCGCGACGACUCACCUUUCCUCUUUAAAGCGUUUGAGACGGGGCAAAUUGGACCCAAGCGCCUUGCGCGCAUGCACGGCGACAAGCCGCGCGUAGCUACUAUCCACGAGUACCUGGACUGGACGGUUACCGCGCAAGCUGCCGAGGGAGAUGAUGAGCUGGACUUUGGCGGUUUUCGGGUGCUGGUAAUCCUUCCGCGUUACCGAAGCGGAUGGCCGCCACCGGAUGGAGACGUUACUGCUGUGGACGAGCCGACCAAACGCCCCGGCAUUGGGCCACCUAAGGCCCCAAUGCCCGCACUGCAGACGCAUGGGAGGCCGGUCACGGCCGCGACAAUCCGAUCUGGUCCAGGCUACCUUGAAAUCCCCUUCGUAGCUACCCACGAAAACAAGCGUGGACGGGGGUACUGCAGGUGCCUAGUGGAGGCCAUUGAGGAGGUCGCACGCUUCCUCGGCCUUAAGAAGCUCAUGCUGUGCAGCACCAACGACGCAUCCGUCCAGAGCACCUGGCAGCACCUGGGCUUUGAGUAUGCGUCCGACGCGCAGAUGGAGGACUGGGAUAUCCUGCACACGGACCUAGUCUACCUUCAGAACACAACCCAAAUGCAUAAGGAUGUGCCGCCGCCCCGCCGCUUUAAGCCCGUUGUGAUAAAGCACGAGGAGUUUAAGCAGCGCUCUUACGCGUUUGUGGGCCAAAAGCGACCGCAGCGGCCUUUUGGAGGCCUGCCCGGUGCACACCCGGCGUCGAGGCAGCGGCUCAGGCGCAGCGAAAGCCGGCGUAGCGAGAGCCGACGCAGUGAAAGCCGGCGCAGCGAAAGCACGAGCAGGGACGAGUCGCUAUCUAUGGCUGCUCGGGAGGAGGCUGCUGGUGUAGCGCUGAGCGGCGGGGGGGCGAUUAGCGUUGGGGGUGCUGCAGCGGUCAGCGGUGGGGGCGCUUACAGUGGUAUUGCACGAUCGCUGCACUUGCAAUCCUCACCCACUGUUGGCAGUGUACACGGGACAACGCCAACGCCCUUCGCUGGAGCCCUAGCAGCGGCGCAGCAUGCAGAAGGGAACCUGCACGGUGAUCGGCUGGUCGCGGACGCAGCGGCCGACGAGACUACACCCGGCGGCGGGCCGCCCACACCGCAGCCCGCAGACGGCGGCCCUCUGAGGCCGCUGCAAGCGAAUGCGACUAUUGACGCUCCGAGCGCCUCGCAGACAGAUCUGGCGCAGCCAGGCAGCGUCUCGGCGGAUGGGCAAGGCCAGGGGCCAACGCAGGCUGACCUAGAGCGGCAGUUGGCCGGGGAGGCUCCGCCGCGGAUGGCUUGGGGCGCUGCUGACGUUAGCCUGGUGGCACGGGGGUUAGUGGCAGCAGCCAGCGUGUCGAUUGAUGGGCCGUCGCAAGGAGUGGACGGCGUGUUGUUUCCCUGGCUGCACACGCACCCUCAGGGAGCCCCUCUCGAGCAGCUGGCCCUCCAGCAGGGUCCUGGGCUGCUGCCAGAGGGCAUGCAGGUGGGGCACAUGGGAGCACAGUCUUCCCUGCUGCAGCCCGGCAUGCAGGCCGGGUUGGCCCCAGAGGGGCUGUUGGGGGCGGGGCUGGAGCCAGGGGUUACGCUUCCGGGGCUCCCGGGCGUGCAGCUGGUGCCGCAGCUGUCGCUUGAGUCUCAGCAGGGAGCCGUCGCGGGCUUACUGCCGUCCCACUCACUGGCGUCUGGGGUAUCGGGGUUGCCUCCUGAGGGCGCCGGGUAGGGAGGUUUGCGUAGAAUGUGGUCUUGGUGUAGUGCAUCUAAGGACUGUCGGAUACUCAGUUGUAGAUGGUAUAUCCACUCGUAGUGGUGUUAAGGAGUGCAGAUUACGCGUCCUUGCUCGAUGGUGAUGUGUAUAGGCCUGGCUAAGGACGACCGUGCUAGAUGCGUCGUAUUUGACUUUUUGUUUACCGGUUUGGUGGGUAUCGGCCAAGGCGCUGUUGCCUUUUUUCCAGGCCAAGACAGGUAUCCUUUACCCAACAUGUUAGUUGCAGGUGACGAUUGCCAAGAUAGGAGGUCCUGCUGAGUAGCUAGCGCAGGGGUGGCGAUCACAGUACAAAUGCGUUGAGCGUCGCGGGUAGCGUGCUAUGUGUAUAGUUUAAACGCUACGUUGUUUCAUUCAUAAGGUGGCAUGGGAAUUAAUAACAACAACUUCGGUUGCAGCACUAACUGUAGAGGUAGCUAUGCAUCGUCCAUGCCUACCGUGCGCGCGUACAUUCCGCACGAUUGCCUUCAACGUACGUUUGGUGUUUGGCAUGUUUGUAGCAUGUAACAUUGUACUCGCAUGUCUUAUGCCACGCAUGUUAAGGACGUUCUCCGGCCAACUUUGGGGAUGCAUACAACGAGCAUCGAACGUGUCUAUUUGGUCACGAAAUACCGGUACAUGGGUUCAGGGCCACAUGAUGGGGGGGCAUAGAGAUGGAGGGCCACGCACACGUAACCGCCAACAACUGGUUCGCCCGCAGCCUUUGCCUUAAGGAGCGCUAAACGAGGCAUUUGUCGCAGCCCGCGAGUUCCCCCUACAAACGAGAGGGCCAGCGAUGGAAGCCUUAAC